CAGAAACCUAUCCAUGAGUUGCAAAACCAAACUACGCCGUCGUCGCGAGGUUUCGCGGCAAAAUUUGAACUCGUCUUCCACCGGCUCGCAUGGCGACGCCUCCAGUCGCCUCCAUAUCCAGCCACCUCCGUGCCCCGCCGCCAUGGCCACCUCCCAAGAACAUCAGCCAGAGAGCAAGGGUUAGGUGCAGCGUCCUCGCGCCGUCCGGCCAAGCCUUGGAGGCAGCCGCUUCUCCGAGGGGUGCCGAGAAAUCGCCAGAUUGGGUCCCGACAUCCGACGUGAACCUGCACAUUCAGAGACUGUGUCGGUCGGGUGACUUGGAGGAGGCUUUGGGGUUACUCGGCUCAGAUGGAGUCGAUGACCGGAGCUAUGGCGCCGUCCUCCAACUCUGCUCGGAAGUGAGAUCGUUGGAGGGUGGGAAGAGAGCCCAUUUCCUGGUUCGUGCAUCUAGCCUUGGAAGAGAUGGAAUGGACAAUGUUCUCGGACAGAAAUUGGUGCUAAUGUAUUUGAAAUGCGGGGACCUGGAGAAUGCAAGAAGGGUGUUUGAUGAAAUGCCUCAAGUAAGCGAUGUACGUGUUUGGACUGCUCUGAUGAGCGGCUAUGCGAAGGCUGGUGAUUUACGAGAAGGAGUAUUGCUCUUUAGGAAGAUGCACUGUUGUGGGGUCAGACCGGAUGCAUACACUAUUUCCUGUGUCUUGAAAUGCAUUGCUGGUUUGGGCAGUAUCGAAGAUGGCGAGGUAGUUCAUGGACUCCUUGAGAAGUUGGGUUUUGGUUCACAAUGUGCAGUUGGAAAUGCACUGAUGGCUUUGUACUCAAGGUGUGGCCAUAAUGAUGAUGCUCUGCGGGUGUUUGAAGGAAUGCCUCAGCGGGAUGCUAUUUCUUGGAACUCUGUGAUCAGUGGGUGCUUUUCAAAUGGAUGGCACGGCAGGGCUGUUGAAAAUUUUAGCAAAAUGUGGUUUGAUGGCCUGGAGAUCGAUUCAGUGACGAUGCUCGGUGUUUUGCCUGCUUGUGCUGAAUUAGGUUAUGAACUUGUUGGAAGAGUGAUUCAUGGAUACUCUGUGAAAGCUGGACUACUUUGGGUGCAUAAAUCUUUGGAGAGAGGAGUAGAUGAAAAUCUGGGAUCCAAAUUGGUAUUCAUGUAUGUAAAAUGUGGCGAAUUGGGCUAUGCACGAAAGGUGUUUGAUGUAAUGUCAUCAAAAGCCAACCUACAUGUAUGGAAUCUACUGAUAGGCGGGUAUGCAAAGGUUGGUGAAUUUCAAGAAAGCCUAUUUCUUUUCGAGAAAAUGCAUGAAUACGGAAUUGCCCCAGAUGAACACACCAUUUCUUGCCUCAUAAAGUGCAUCACUAGUUUGUCUGGUGGUAGGGAUGGCCUAGUGGUUCAUGGGCAUCUUGUGAAGUUGGGUUUGGGGGCACAGUGUGCAGUUUGCAAUGCACUCAUAUCAUUCUAUGCGAAAUCCAACAGGACUAAGGAUGCAAUCUUGGUGUUUGAUGGAAUGCCUCAUCGAGAUGUCAUUUCUUGGAAUUCUAUGAUUAGUGGCUGCACUUCCAAUGGAUUAUACGACAAAGCUAUUGAGCUGUUUGUAAGAAUGUGGCUUGAAGGAGAGGAGCUGGAUUCAGCCACAUUAUUAAGUGUUUUGCCGGCUUGUGCAGAGUUGCACCUUUUGUUUUUAGGGAGAGUAGUUCAUGGGUAUUCUGUGAAAACUGGAUUCAUUAGUCAGACAUCUCUCGCUAAUGUUCUUCUUGAUAUGUACUCAAAUUGCUCAGAUUGGCGCAGUACAAAUAAGAUAUUCAGGAAUAUGGUCCAGAAAAAUGUUGUCUCGUGGACAGCAAUGAUCACGAGUUAUACCAGGGCUGGCCUUUAUGACAAAGUGGCUGGGUUAUUUCAAGAAAUGGGAUUAGAAGGUACCAGGCCAGAUAUCUUUGCAAUCACCAGCGCUCUUCAUGCUUUUGCUGGUAAUGAAUUGCUGAAACAUGGAAAAUCUGUCCAUGGAUAUGCCAUCAGAAAUGGAAUGGAAAAAGUUCUUGCUGUUACCAAUGCACUAAUGGAGAUGUAUGUGAAAUGUGGAAAUAUGGAAGAAGCAAAGUUGAUUUUUGAUGGUGUGGUGAGUAAAGAUAUGAUAUCAUGGAAUACACUCAUAGGAGGUUACUCCAGGAAUAAUCUCGCCAAUGAAGCGUUCAGUUUGUUCACUGAAAUGCUGCUCCAGUUGAGGCCUAAUGCUGUGACCAUGACAUGCAUCCUUCCUGCCGCAGCAAGCCUUUCAUCCCUGGAGCGAGGCAGAGAGAUGCAUGCCUAUGCCUUACGAAGAGGGUACUUGGAAGACGAUUUCGUAGCGAAUGCUCUCAUUGACAUGUAUGUUAAGUGUGGUGCAUUACUGCUAGCUCGGCGGUUGUUUGACAGGUUGAGCAACAAGAACCUCAUCUCAUGGACCAUCAUGGUAGCUGGAUAUGGCAUGCAUGGCCGUGGCAGAGAUGCCAUUGCUCUCUUUGAGCAGAUGAGGGUCAGCGGCAUUGCACCAGAUGCAGCCUCUUUCAGUGCCAUACUGUAUGCUUGCAGCCAUUCAGGUCUGAGAGAUGAGGGAUGGAGAUUCUUCGAUGCAAUGCGUAAAGAACACAAAAUAGAGCCCAGACUGAAGCACUACACUUGCAUGGUUGACUUACUCAUCAACACCGGAAAUCUGAAGGAAGCCUAUGAGUUCAUUGAUUCAAUGCCGAUAGAGCCAGAUUCAAGCAUAUGGGUCUCGUUGCUGCGCGGAUGUCGAAUUCACAGGAAUGUCAAACUUGCAGAGGAGGUGGCAGAGAGGGUCUUUGAGCUGGAACCUGAAAACACUGGAUACUAUGUUCUUCUUGCCAACAUAUACGCCGAGGCCGAGAGAUGGGAGGCUGUAAGGAAGCUCAAGAACAAGAUUGGUGGCCGAGGACUCCGGGAGAACACUGGCUGCAGUUGGAUUGAGGCCAAGGGCAAGGUUCAUGUCUUUAUCGCGGAUAACCGUAAUCACCCGCAAGGGACGAGGAUUGCUGAGUUCCUGAAUGAAGUUGCCAAAAGAAUGCAGGAAGAAGGCCAUGACCCGAAGAAAAAAUAUGCUCUGAUGGGUGCCGACAAUGCAGUGCAUGGCGAGGCACUCUGUGGGCACAGCUCAAAGCUUGCCGUUGCAUUUGGCGUGCUAAAUUUGUCAGAAGGGCGGCUGAUCCGCGUGACAAAAAACUCAAGAGUUUGCAGUCACUGCCACGAGGCUGCCAAGUUCAUAUCCAAGAUGUGCAGCAGAGAGAUUAUACUCAGGGAUUCAAACAGAUUUCACCAUUUUGAACAAGGCAGGUGCUCUUGCAGAGGUUACUGGUGAGAAGACAUCACACCUGUAACAGUAAUUAGUGACCCAACUGCAGCAUGUUCUAGGGGCGGACAUGUGUGGUUGCUAAGAAACAAUAGGAAGAGGCGCCGUAGCAUUCACAACAUGUGGACGAUGAUUUUGUAAGAGACGAUAGUUGCAAUUCUAUAGAUAUGGAAAGAAAACAAAAGAUUUGAGCA